AUGAGCCCUUCGCACACCCUGCCAGCGCGGCUGCCACCAAGCCCGGGUAGAAUGACGGGCGUAGAAGACACGCCGGGGGCUGGUCGCUGGGACGGGGAACGGCACGUCACGCCCAGCCGGCAGUUGCCAAAGGCCCCGGGGAUGGGGGUGGAGGGGCCCCGUGAGGAGCCCUGGGCGGCCGCGGAAGGGGCGGCGGCGGCAGCGGCGGCGGACCACGCUUCCGCCAACGUCGCCAAGGCUGGAGACCACGAUGACACCGGUCUAGUCUACGAGAUAGCUUUCCCCCAAGCUGGGGCCCUGGGACUCAACCUCCGGACUUACCUCGCGGAACAGCCCGCCGGUGCACGGCUCGGCCUUCCCCCGUACGGAAGCUUGGAAGUGCUCGACGCUCAGAAGUUUUACCUGAAGGCGAUCGUUGAACCGGGGGACCUCCUUGUGGCCAUCAACGGCAAGAAGCUCACCGGAAGCAGGUUCAGCUUCGAGGAUGCCAUCGCUGUCUGCAGCAGAGCGUCCUUGCCAAGGGUGCUCCGAUUUGCCCGCAUGAAGGGGGCUUCCGCUGCGGAGAUCGAGUGCGCUUUCGGGGCUGAUGUGGUGUGUGCGACGUUCGACGCCAUGGACGCGCCCCAGCAGCGGCUGGUGACGGCACAGCUACACCCCUCGGCACCCUCCCAUUUUUUUCUCAACCCGCCAACUAGGCGGGGGACGAAGACCCCUACCGCGGGUACAGCUGCUGGCGGUGCUGAGGCGACGGCGGCGGCGAUUGGUGAGUCUGCGCCAUCACAAUCAAUCGCCACAGGCGACGACAAAGCAGGCUGCGACAACGUGUAGUACCCGGCCUGGUUCGGCAACAAUGAUAAUGGGCACCGAAGGCGCCUCAGCGGUAGCAACCCCGGCCCCGGUGACCUAGCCGCCUCCUACGCUUGCUUGCUCGGUUCCGACAACCCUGCGCACGCAGGAACAGCGGCCAGUCGAGUUGUGUGUGCGUAUAAGUAUAAUACGCGUUUUUACAAUUUUUUUGCUUACAGUGAACGCGCGCGCCGGCUGUUGUGUAUUAUUCGGGAUGAUGCCCGGAAAAUUUUGAUUUUUUUCUAUAAUUAUUUGUUUGCCCGCCGGGGCCUGCAGUCCGUCUGUGCCUAAAUGACCGAGAGGAUAUAGAGGGCGCCUGGCAAUCUGCUGACGCAUGGGGGUUGCGCGAAGGCGGGCGGGAUUAGUAGUCGGGGGUGACUGCGCAUGCCCGCACGAUGAGACCCAACGGAUAGGAUGUUGGAGGGGACGGGCGGCGGCAAGCAGCCUGAUUCAGAGCAUUAGUUGUUGGGUGAUGAAAGUUCAUCCGUUAUGUAUGCAACCAAUUUCACUAUUUUUUCUUUUUAGUUUCUUGCGGGGGGCAGCUCUACAACGAGAGUUUGGUGCACGAGACGGUCCUAAGGCAGGCAUGGAUAUGGAUGGAGGAGUGAUAGCUGGAGUGGAUG